GAGAGAAAAUAGAUUUCAUAAGAGAUGCGACGAUGAAUACUGCGCUUUGUUGAAUCUUCCGUCACUCUUCCUUGUGCCGCUCUCAUCAUGAGGCUUCUCAGUUGUCUCGUCUUUGUCCCUCUUACCGUUGCGCACAACCCACGACAGUAUGAGGCACUCCAAGCGGCUCCUGGCGACCUGAUGCCGCGCUUCUUCAUCGAUCGCUCAUUUCCUUUGGCAAAACGCGCAGGAGACUGUGGUUCGGAUCAUCACAACUGUCUCGAGAUUGGAUUUCCAGAUGAUUGUUGCGACAACGACUCUUACUGCUACGUCAACCGAAAAGGCGACCCGAAAUGCUGUCCUAUAGGCUCCAACUGCUCCAGCGAUUCACCGUGUAGUUCGAAUGCUUAUUUCUGUACCCGCACCGUCACAAGGAGUGGAACUGCCACUGCGCAAGAGGGCUGCUGCGAUCGCAAGUGUCCCAGGACGAGUCUUUACCUUUGCCCAAGUAGCCUUGGUGGAAACUGCUGCGGCUACAACUCUGAGUGUCGGGCGGGUGGUGAUUGCGCCUCUACGAGACCGGCUUCAAGAACCGACCUCCUAUCGCCCAUUCCUUCAGGCUGUACGACCUCUCAGCAUAAAUGCUCAGAUGGUGCAGGCUGUUGUGACAACGACCAAGAGUGCACCCAGGUCAGUGGUGAGGGAUAUUGCGCUCAAGCUACACCGACAGAAAGCGGUGUCACGAUUGUCGACGACAACGACAGCAGCAGCGGAGGCCUGUCAGACGGUGCAAAGGCUGGGAUUGGCGUCGGUGUCGUCGUGGGAGCGAGUAUCAUUGUUGGCGGGCUGACUUGGAUGUGUUUGCGCAAGCGACGCCAGCGCACUGCAUCAAGGCCAUCAGCAUCUGGCGAAGGAGACGGCAGUGCGCCCCCUAGAGAUGCCAUGACAGAUAUAUCCGGGAGCCAUGCCCGGUCAGGCUUGACCCAGGACUACUUUGGACCAGACCCAGCAGCAGGACCAUAUACGGAGCAAGCAAGCUCACGGGUCACCUCACCUGGAAGAACUGCUGCUGUGCCCAUGCAUGCACAAUCCCCUGGAGAUAUCGCCGCGCCCGUGGAGAUCGGCUCAGCGAAUAGGGGCGGCAGCGAUCUUCUGUCACCCAUGUCCAGCCCGAGUAUAUACCAGACACCCCUUUCUGAAACAAUAGACGGCCGGUUUGAACUGUACGGUAACGACUCAGCCAUAACACCAGGCCGUCCCUUGUCAAUCGUUCCCACCCCUCCACAGAGUGUAGCGGGGGAUGUUGCACCAGAGCAAAAGCAAUAAUUCAAAGGAGAAAUGCGUUCCGUUCUAUUCUUUUCUGUUACUUGUAAACGCCUAGCCAGACCAUUCAUGCAAAGGGAUGAUCCAAAUAUUCAACAGUCCCGGCGCAACGAACAAACGAUUAUGUGCACCGAAGUUA